AGGAGAGGAGAGGAGAGGAGAGGAGGAGAGGGACUGAGGGUGGACCUGAGUGACGGGUUUGGAUGUUGAAGAUGGAGACGGGAGGGGACCGGGAGUGCGGUGCUCUCGGAGGGCUAUUUCAGGCCAUCAUCAACGACAUGAAGGGAUCCUACCCCAUCUGGGAAGACUUCAAUGCCAAGGCAGCCAAACUCCACUCCCAGCUCAGGACCACGGUGCUGGCUGCUGCCGCGUUCCUUGACGCCUUCCAAAAAGUGGCUGACAUGGCGACUAACACACGAGGUGCCACUCGGGAGGUGGGCUCAGCGCUGACUCGCAUGUGUAUGAGGCAUCGGAGCAUCGAGGCCAAACUCCGACACUUCACCAAUGCCCUGAUGGAGAGUCUCAUUAACCCUUUGCAAGAAAGGAUCGAAGACUGGAAGAAAUCAGCCACCCAGCUGGACAAGGAUCACGCCAAAGAGUACAAACGAGCUCGGCACGAGAUCAAGAAGAAAUCCUCCGACACCCUCAAGCUGCAGAAGAAAGCCCGGAAAGAAUUUAUGGGUAAAGGGGACCUGAGGCCACAGGUGGAGAAUGCGGUUCAGGAUGUGAACGACAUGUACCUGCUGCUGGAGGAGACAGAGAAGCAAGCCGUGCGCAAGGCUCUGGUGGAGGAACGCGGAAGGUUCUGCACUUUCAUCACCUUCCUACAGCCGGUGGUGGAUGGGGAGCUGGCAAUGCUCGGGGAGAUCACUCACCUCCAGGCCAUCGUUGAUGACCUCGUUGUCCAGACCGCAGAACCACACAAGCUGCCUCCGGCCAGUGAGCAGGUGAUUAAAGACCUGAAGGGGUCUGACUACAGCUGGACUUAUCAGACCCCCCCCUCCUCCCCCAGCAGCUCGGGCUCACGCAAAUCCAGCAUGUGCAGCAGUGUAAACAGUACAAACAGUAGCACGUCACGCUCCAGUGGUUCCCAAACUCACUCACCAAGUUCCAACUAUCGGUACCGCAGCUUGGCCCAGUCGGCGACCAGCGGCACACGGCUUUCCAGCGUCUCCUCACACGACUCCGGCUUCGUCUCCCAGGACGCCAUGUAUUCCAAACCGCCAUCGCCAAUGCCAUCGGACAUCACCAGCCAGAAGUCGUCGAGCUCGGCUUCCUCUGAGGCCUCGGAGACGUGCCAGUGUGUUAGUGAGUGUAGCUCACCCACCUCGCUGAGUUCUAGCUCCACAGCGGGAGCCUGGUCAGGUGGCGAAAAGUUUACAGCUGGCUGUGUGCAUGUCCAUCUUCCUAGUGAAUGUUCAUCACCUGCGUUAUCUGGCUCUGCCUCCCUCCUUCCUGACAGCGAGCCCUGCCUUAGGCCUAAUCCUGCUAGUUUCCCUGAUCUCUCCCCCUUUAACCCCCCCCUGGGACCUGGCCUCCUCCCCUCCUCGGCGGUUCCUAGCUGGAAGGACUGGUCAAAGCCUGGUCCUUAUGACCAACCGAUGGUGAACACUCUCCAGCGGCGCAAGGAGGUGGUGGAGCGAUACCGGGAGGUGGAGGUGGGCUCCGGCGCGGUGAUCUAUCCCGGUGGGAAUAUGGAGGAGCCGGCCAGAUCCCGGAUGCACACCUCAGCACUCGCUGCCAAGGUUCAGUAUCAUGGGGAGGAGAUGUCCACGGCGGCCAGUGACCUGGCUAUGGUGCUGACCCGCGGGCUCAGUGUGGAGCACCAGAAAAGCAGCCGCGACUCCCUGCAGUACUCCAGUGGCUACAGCACCCAGACCACCACCCCCUCCUGCUCCGAGGACACCAUCCCCUCGCAAGGUACAUCCACCAGGAGGUCUCUCUAUGCCCCCUGCCCAGUUUCAGAUUACGACUGUUACUCUGUGAACGGCGACGUGGAGCCCGAGCACGCCAGCGAGUUCGACAGGUCCUCGACCAUCCCCCGCAACAGCGACAUCGCCCAGAGCUACCGCAGAAUGUUCCAGACCAAACGGCCCGCCUCCACCGCGGGGCUGCCCUCCGGCCCGACACAGACCAUCUCAGUCACGCCAGGCGUGGCCACCAUCCGCCGGACUCCCUCCACCAAGCCCUCGGUCAGACGCACCCUGUCCAACGCCGGGCCCAUUCCCAUCCGGCCCCCCAUCGUCCCAGUCAAGACACCCACCGUGCCAGACCCACCAUCUCACCACCACCACCAACACCACCCCCACCAACACCAUCCCCCCGCUGUGCCAGUCCGUGUGGGCAGUGAGGAGUGCGUGUUCUUCAGUGAUGACAUUUCGCCCAACGCCUUGGAGUUUGCCAAAGCCUCGCCCAAGAGGUUGAGUCUCCCCAACACAGCUUGGGGGGGCAGCGGGGGAGGGCUGGAGAUCUCCGUGCACCCUGGGGGAGGAGGUGGGGGAGUGGGAGGGGGGCACAUGUCCACCGAAGAGGAGCAGCAAUUGGCCGCCAACCGGCAUAGCCUGGUGGAGAAGAUCGGGGAGCUGGUGGCCAGUGCCCAGGCCCUGGGUGACGGACAGUUCCCGUUCCCCAGCCUCCUUCCCGAGCUGGGGGGCUCGGAUGCCUCUCUCCCCCUGCCUCUGCCCCCCCUCUCCCCCAGCGAGGCCCCCGAGGACAUGCUGGCUGCCAUCCGCAGGGGAGUCAAGCUUCGCAGGACCAUCAGCAAUGACAGGUCCGCCCCCAGGAUCUUGUGACCACAGAUCAGCCACUGACAACACAACGCCUGGACCCGAGGGACAGGAACCUGUAGACUGCUUCUGACGCAUGUUUUAACACAAAUUUCAAGAGAACUCCCAACUCCACAGGGAAGGAACGAUGGCUG